AUGGGCAAAUGGAAGUUACUCACGGGCAAUAAUAGAGCUAGAAGUUCUUGGAUGAAGCCACCCAAGUUUCAUCAUCCCGCAGUUGAAAUCACGGAAGACAACUUUGAUAGGCAACGUAUGGUUAGAUUAUACGAUUUAGCCGUCGAUCCUUUCGAAACAACUGAUGUGUCUGAAUCCAAGGAAAACCGUGGUAUUGUAAAGGAGAUGCUCGGCAAACUUGAAGAAUACGCAAAUAGGGCAGUGCCCGCCCAAAUGGAAACGAGACCAAGGAUGAACAAAGCUGCUGUAGUUGAUUCAAAUACUGACCCACCUCACAUCAUUAUCUUUGUUGUUGAUUAUCUCGGAUGGAAUGACGUUGGGUAUCACAAUUCAAACAUAAAGACACCAACCAUUGACAGGCUCGCUGAGAGUGGCGUCAAAUUGAACAACUACUAUGUUGCCAAUGCCUGUGUUACGGCACGUGGCGCCUUGGGAUUUUUAGUUUCUGGUGUGGGUAAGGACGCUGCCAAUGGUAACUAUGGGAUUUUGGAUCAACGUUUUGCAUUGGAAUGGGUGAGGGAUAAUAUUGCUAACUUCGGAGGAGAUCCAAAUAAGGUUACAAUUUUUGGACAAAGUGCUGGUGCACAGUCUGUUGGGAUACACUUGGCUUCCUCGAAAAGCGACUCACUAUUCCAUUAUGCAAUCAUGGAAAGCAAUCCACUUUCGUUGCCCCUUCGUUCACGACUUGGAGCGGAGAUCCUAGGUAGCUACUUCGCUGCAGAACUGGGAUGUAAAACCGGAGAUAUUAACUGUAUGCGGAGCAAACAUGUUGACGAAAUCGUUUCUGCCCAGCAAAACACAAGCACCAAAAUAGUCAACCCAUUUAGACUGCUAGAGUUGUUCGAACCAUGGGGUCCAUACAUUGACGGUGAUGACAUCACAGAACAGUCUAUUGACUCCUUUACCAAAGGACAUUUUCAGAAGAAACCAAUAAUCUUGGGAACCACUUCAGACGAAGCCCGUGCUAAUCUAUUUGGAGCAAUUACUGAACCAAUGGACAAAUUUCACUAUUAUAAAUAUGUUAUUGUAACGUUAACAAUUCAUUCCUAUAAAGUGUUGCACAAGUAUCCGCCACUUUCUAGUGGCGACCAGAGGGAAAAGCUGUCUAUUGCAGGGCAUCCUUAUCUCUUCGCAUGUCCAACACGUGAUGCCGCAAGGCAUAUAUCAUAUCAUAGUGAUCUAUCUAUUUGGACCUAUGUUUUUGAUCAUGCAUUGUCUUUUGAUGCUUGGGGACCUGAUUUCAAUUUCUGCGUUAAUGCCCUUAGCAAUAAUGCUAUUGACAGGUUACAGCAACUCUGGGAUGGCAGUAUUCUACUCAAAUUGGCCUUAUCUAUUGAUGGUGACAUUGAAGACCAUGAAGACCCAAAAGAAAGACUAAAGUCUUUGGUAAAUUAUCUGCAAGGUUGCUAUGGUGACCAGAAGCCGCAGAUCAGCUGGUCUCGUAUCUUUUUUGAGCAAGCAGAGAGGGAGAUAGGUAAAGCAUGUGCUUUAUUGCUUUGCCAAUCAGUAGAAUGCGUGAAGAAAGACGGGUUCAUUCAAGUUAUUCUAGGUCUUGAUGAAGAGUCACAGUUGAAUAUAAAACAGAUCAUCGAAUUUGUUCUAGUGGGAUCUCCUGCCACCAGUUUGAGACCAGACUUCGCUGACAUUUUGGAUCAACCAUGUUAUGCCAAAGAUACUGUUGCUGCAAGUCCGCAGCUACCAUUCUCGCCGAUUACCCGCUCUACUACGUCCCAGCAAUAUUAUAGUAAUUCACCAACUAGAGAGUUCCUCAACUCUCCGCAAAUUGGUGCUAAGAUUGCCCUUCGCGAGUAUAAAAAGCGUAUACAAAUUUUGGAGCGUGAACUUCGGAAUGAGGCGUACUUGCGUCAGGAGAAAGAACAAGAGUUGGAAGAGAAUAGAACAUACCUGAUUGAAAAAGAUGGCAGAAUCGAGCAACUUAAAGGUGAAAUAAAACACCUGCAGCAUUUACGAUAUAUAGAAGACGAUCUGAAUAUCAGUAAACUGGCUGAAAGAGCAGCACAGGAAGAGAUUGUAAAACUGAAAGAUAGACUCUCUAUUAUUGGAGAACUUAAAAUGGACAUUUCUUCACUCAGAAAAGAAAAUGCUAGUCUUCUUGAUGAAAGAUGUCACCAUCAACAAUUGGCUAAAAAUUAUGAGACUUUGCAGAGAGAGAUUGCAGAACUUAAGAAGAGUAUAAACGAGGCUGGGUACAAACAUCAGCAACUUAUGAUGCAAUGUGAAACUUACAAACAGAACAUCCUUGAAGUUAUCCAAGAAAAAGAGGAUUUAAAAACCAUCAAGGACGAGAGGGAAAACCUAUUAAAAGAGGAGAUUCAGCAACUUGAGGAUAGAAUUUGCCAACAGGUUAACGAAGAGUUUCAUCAGGGAGAAUCCUUAGGCUUCAUCUUGGAGAAAAGAGUUGGUGAUUUGGAGUUAGAAAAGGGGAAUUUAGCAAUGAAGCUGGAACAGCAGUAUGUUCUGGAAAAGCAGUCUGCUACUGAGAAAGAGCAAAAGCUGAAUGAGAUGUCUGCCAUGAAUGUGGGAUAUGAGAAACAACUUACUGAUUUAAGAACACAAAUGACUGGCUUACAGAAAGAUUAUGAUAUAGAGACUCAAAAUAAACGCAGUUUGACGAAGGAAUUCCAUAGCAGACUACGCGACAUAUCACAACAGCAACAAGAGAUAAUGGAAACGGCUCAGCAGGAAAAAGAGAAGUAUGAAAAAGAUCUUCUUGAAAAGAACAAGCAAAUUGUAGAAAUGGAAAAGUCAAGGGAAGGAUAUAUUUUAGAGAAGUCUGGUCUCAGAGGGAAAAUUGAUAAACUUCAAAGUAGUCUGGAUGAUAUGAGACAAAAACAGGAUAUGGAUCUUCGUUGUAAAAUGGAUGAUUUUUUUAAGCAGAAAGAGGAUGAAAUCAUUAAUUUGCAAACUGAAUUUGAUCUGAAAUGUGCCAAGGUGAUUGCCCAAAAAGAUUCUCAGAUUGAAAAUCUGAAAAUGAAGUACAAUGAAAGAGUCUCUUCUACUGAAAAAGAAAAUGAAGACUUGAAACACAAAAUCCAUCGGGCAAAUUCAGAGAUGGAACGCUUUAAUAGCUUUAAAACUGAAUCUGAAAAAAAGUUGCGUGAGAGCGAAAGUCGUGGUGAUCUCUAUAAAGCCAAGCUACAGAAAAUGGUGAAUCAGUACACCACUCUACGGACAAGCCAUGAAAGUCACUGUGCGGAGACUGAUGGUAGAUUGAAACGGUAUGAAUGCGAGAGACUUAAUCUGUCAACUCGGCUUCAAAGCUUACAGAAUGAGUGUGAAAUCUUUCGAGAAACUCAGAAAACUACCAACCUAGAAAUAAAGACUUUAACACAGAAGUUUUUGGAAGAGCAGAGAAAGAAUAUUACAUUACAGCAACGUCUGCGUUCCUCAGAAGUCCAGUUGAGUCACGCUGAGAGGGAAAUCCAGUCAAGAAAAGCAAAUGGCGCACCAACCUCGCAUAAGUUUGCAGUGCCUCGCACCAAAACUGAAACGGAGAGCUCUGAUGGUGCGAUGUCAGACGAUAUUCAACAUGACAGCAUAGAUUGGCAAGAUCAGACAUUCCGUUUGUCAGAUUUAGAAAUAUCACAGAUGUCCAGAAAAUCGAAACUUUCAAACUUAGAAACCAGCAAGUUCAAUAGUCGGGAAUCACUGACGAGCAUUGAUUCAAGAAGAGACUCUACAAUGUUUGAUAUAACCAUGAUGAGCAAGACAUCUUUGAAACAUGACGCAAGUAUUAUGUCAGACAAGGAUGCAAGUUUUGAAUUUGGAAAUCACGUUAUUCCCAAGUUGGAUUCCAGUCUUGCCAGUCUGAAUUGUACAUUGGAUACCACUGAUAAACAAACUACAGGGAGAGCUGGUUUUGUGUACAUGGGAGGCUGCGAGGACGAACCUGAACAUUUUGAUUGGGAUAGAGUGUCAGAAAUGCAGCGCAGGAACACAUUGUGUCCACCUCAUUUAAGAACUGCUUAUCCCAUCGAGACCCAGAAUGCUACACCAUCUAAGGUAGAAGAGAAUUCUUUGAGGAAUAAAAUCCGAAAAAGGAAGGCUUUUAUGUUUGAAGAGGAAGAAAACCAAGGAGCAAGAAGGAAGCUGAGGUCUUCAAUGUCACUGAAUCCAAGUAAAACUCGUCGAUUAACUCCCAGAAAAUCAACUUCGGCUCAAAAUAUUCAGCAGCACAAGGAAACUGUGCAAAUUGGUAAGGAGUCUGCAAUGUUUAGCAUUGGCUUCACUCCACUCAAAGAUAAACAAAAACGCAAAAGUUUAAGGUUGGCCAAGAAAGACAAGAAGGAAACACAAAAUGCUGGUCGAGAGUCGACUGCAUUUAGUAUUGGAUUCACUCCACUCAAGGAAAGGAAAGAGAAAUGGAAAAAAGCAAAGUUGGCAAAGGCUGAGAAAAAGAAGGCUUUGAAUAAACAAGAAACCAAUAUUUGAUAACCUCUAAAUCUUUGAAACCUGCGGAAUGCAAGUUGUAUAUUUUGUACCAGAUAGGCUUGUUAAGUUGGAUGAAUCAUGGUGUGC